AUGGUUGGUCAAGCCGCGGUUGAUGGUGAGAUGCCAGAAGGCAUGCCAGAUGAGAACUGGGACGACCCGGCGCACAGCGCAGAGAGCACAGCGCAGGACUUGGAUUGCGCAUCGCCAAGUGCCAGCUCCACGAUGCCCGUCGAAGACAUGCGCGAGAUUUUGACGGCGGUCACCCAGCACUCGGAUUUGGCGGCAGCCUUGCGGAAGAAGGGGCAAGCUGGACGAGCAGUGCGAACACUGGAGCGAGCAGUCGCUAUGUGUUCCAGAGCCGAACAUGUGCACCCUGCCGUUGCGGUGGAGGCUGCGCGGACGCGGGUUAAUUUGGCGGCCGCUUUAUCAGAGGCCGCCCGGCAUCGGGAAGCUAUAGCCCACAUUCGGAAGGCCCAACGUGGAUUGGACCAAAUUCUGGCAUGGGCAGAGCAAUGUGGUGGUUCUGAUGCAGGAGCCAAACAAAUUGCGGGGGAGGCUUCGGCUCUUCGGUGUGCUGCGCUGGUCGCCGAGUCCAUCGAGUUGGACCUUUGUCCAGGUGCCACGGAUGACUUCGACACCAUGCUGAACGACACGCUGCUUCUGCGGGACACGUUGACGCCGAAGAAUCGGACGGUGAGUUUGCCACAGAUUGGGCAGAAAGGACGCCGCGAAAGACAGAUGCGUGUCAAAGAUGACAAUGCUUCGAAGACACAUGCUCCUGGGGCAAUGAGAUCUUCAGAUGUGGGGGGCGAGAAGCGACAACCGGUGAUCAAACUCUCGUUGCGACCUCGCGCCGCAGAGGAACGCACUGAUGUGUUCAGCGACUUCCUGCGUGGUGUCGAGGCGGAGCGUGUGGCCAGGCUUGGUUCCCUGAACGACAACUGGGAGGACCAAGCGAAGCGGCGCCUAGGGCAAGUUCACCGCAGGACGCGCCUCCAGCUGGAACUGAGUGGCGACAAUGACCUCAAGGAGAAACGCUAUACUAGCACUGGGCACCAAGUCUUCAUGAAGGCCAUGAAGAAGGCCAACAAGUGCUGGAGCGACCCGUCUUUACUGCAGGAAGCCGCUAAGGAAAAUGCGACACCAGAGAUUUUACAAGUGAGAAAGUUAAACCGCCAGCUCUAUGUGAAGCCCCCGACGCCUCCGCCGCCGCCUCCACCAAAGCCCAAGAUGGAUCAGUCGCUGGUCAACAAUCUGCGCUCCAAUCACGGGAGGUCGAGCAUCAAAAACGAGAUGUGA